CGGAAGGGCAAAAGACGGCUAAACGAUCUACACACGGCAAACAUGAUGAACAAAGUAUCCCUAGACAGAAUUCCUGUCGAGAUACGUAACAAUAUUUUCCUUCAUCUCGAUAGCCAGCACGAACGCCAGUAUGCGGACAACGGAUACCCCACUCUCUGUGCGCUCGCUCUUACUUGCCGUUGUCUCUCGGAAAUAGCCAAUAAUAUCAUCUACUCGCACGUGAAGCUUGAGAUCAAUGGAGAGUCAGCUAAAGAUGCAGGGCGGAUGGCGGCCCUAAAUAAAUGUUGCCGAGAAUACCCAUAUCUCGUGAACCGUAUCAUCUCCGUAGACCUCCGUUGGUGCUAUAAGGAAGACGUUGAGACGUACAACGAACUUCUUGGCCACCUAGCGAAAUCUACGUCUCUUACGAGGCUAUCGUGCGAGCUCAACCAGCCCAGAUGGUCGACACUCUCCGCAUUAUACGAAUAUGUGGAUGGAAGCUUUACCAACUUGGAAAAUUUGGACAUUGAGCUCAAUCAUGUGAAUGGUAAAGAGGGAUACCUGCCCGCCGACCAGCUUGCCAGACUCUGCGAGCUGCCAAAUUUAGAGAAAAUCACCGUCUGCGCGCCAAUAAGAGAGUUUGAGACAGAGACUAGGUCGGAAAAGAUCCUGACCAAAUUGAAACAUCUUCAUUUUUGGAAAGCAUGCCCGACCUCGACCGCAGUUCUAGAGUCCAUACUGCCCAGGGUUCCGAAUCUGAUCUGCUUACAGCUUAGCAUACCCGGUGAAGGAACACAAAUUGAUCGCAAAAUGGCCAAUGAUAGUUCAAUGCUGGGAUAUAACCUAGAUGGUCCAUUGCGCCCACGCUUAUACGGGGACUUGCUAGCUCCCGUCGCCACUACUCUUAAAGAUUUGGUGAUAGAUGCAGACAAUGUCCUAUUCCCUUCUCACGAUGGAUCCUACAUAGAUCUAUCGCGUUUAAUCCAAGUAUCUCGGCUCGAAUUGAGCGCGUAUUUGCUGUUUGGGUCUGAAAAGGUAGUCAAGGGCUGCUCACGGGCUUGGGAAGUCUGGAAAUUACUGCCUCCGCGCGUAGAAAACCUUGACUUGCUAUUUGACGGAGAUCAGGGACUAUUCUGGUCCCUAAGCGAUAUGCGACAAUACGCACGAUCUCAGACGUUCGAUGAGCUAUGGGAAAGAACAGCCAACAAGGACUAUGUCGACUGGUUGCUCGAGCUACUCAAGAGAAGUCGCAUCAAUAUGGCCUCUUUCAGGACCAUUAUAAUCAGCGAGCAGCCUAUAGUAGAUAGGGAUCAAAACUGGAAAAUUGUGGAGUGGCGCAUGACGGAUGACCUAAUCGCCGCUGCCGCUGCAGCGGGAGUGAAACUCAUCAUCAGGCUUCGAGUGCCUCGGUUAUUCAAGUCUUCAGACUUCGUGCUAUUCGAAAAGUCAUGGGCUUACGGCGCUGAGGGAACAGUGAAGUAUGAAGAAAAUAGCACCGAGGCCGAGGAAGUAGAUGAAUAGUAGAGAGCUUGGCUCAUAAAGGUACUUAGUGAGCAAGAACACAACGACAUAAACGAGGUAGAUAACAGCGACCAAACCUGG